AUGUCACUUUCUUUGCGCUAUUGGUGCCAGUGGGACGAAUGUUCACAGAGAUUCGCCAAUGUCGAAUCUCUUUACGAGCAUCUGUCUGACCAACAUGUCGGUCGCAAAAUCACCAACAACUUGUGCCUGAAAUGCCAAUGGAAAAACUGCGGCACAACAGCUGCUAAGCGAGACCAUCUUGUCAGUCAUCUACGAGUUCAUUUACCUUUUAAACCACACACAUGCUUGACGUGCAAAAAGCCAUUUAAACGGCCGCAGGAUUUGAAAAAGCAUGAAAGGAUACAUACAGCAUCGCAUAAAGGUACAGAACAACAGUGA